AUGACGGAGGUACUUGGUACCGUUGCCGACGACGCCGCACGGGCUAGCGAUGUAUCCGAGUCGGGCUCAGAACCGGAACCAAAAUCAAUAGGGACCGUGAAUAUUCACAACCCUGCAGUCACUUACGGGAGACUAAAUCCUGAAAUCGAGGAGAAUAUCUUGAUCCUCGACUCUGUGUCCGACGAUGGCCUGCGUUGCGAUGCCACGAAUCGCCUAAAGAUGCUCUGGCCCGACGUGGACGAGAACGACCGUGCCUCUGACACUAUCGGCCGAGAGGCCGCAGAUACCAAUAGACCGAGCCGAGGCGAAUGCCCCGACGGCUCGUCUCCGGAAACCUAUUCUGGUGCGAUAUCCCUCCUGGACCUCCCCUCCGAACUCAUCGAUGCUAUAUUAUCAUGGCUACCCCCCUUGGAGCUCGCCGCUGUCUCGCUCGUCUGCCGCGUGAUACGUAAACUAGCGAACUCGGACUCGCAAUGGAGGCGGCAUGUGAUGUCGAAUCUGCCGGGACGCAGGAUCACUACUCCGUACCCCUGCCAGAGUUGGCGCGAGCUUUACGUAUCUCACGACCCGUACUGGUUCCUGACAAAGCAUAAGCUGUGGUUUUGCGAUCGCGAGCUGACAGGCCAGCUUAUCAUUAUCCGCUAUGACGAACGACGAGGCUGCAUCGAAGGCUACCAGCUGCUUGCGACGCGCAACCGAGACGGGAGCGAGCCGUGGAUUGCCGACCAGGACGUCCAUAUCCACUACUUCGAACCCACCGUGAAGCUUCACCUCGACAAGGCCAUUUUACAGCUCAACAUCGACAGCCUCGAGAACAUCAUCCGCAACAAGUCGGUCUCCCCGCCGGUCCGGCACUUUUUUUCGGAGCAGCCGAUGCCUCUUAACAAGGGGGCGGAUCCGCGGUUUAGCAACUUUCUCCUCGCGAAGCCGCUCGGCAAAAAGACCCUAGGGGGUCGGAUGUCGAAUAAAUUUCCUCAUGGUUACAUUUGGCCCCCGCCCGCGAUUCCGGCUCAUCAUCGUGUGUCAGGUCAGCCCGCGGGUGUCCACCCGUUAGCGACGUCGGUCAACUAUACGUCGGCUUCUACGUCGAUUUUUCAACCGCGUAACCGCUCGGAGGCGUCCGAUCAGAUAUUCCGCAUUCGGCAGUGGAUGGAGAUGGGGCCGCCAGCCCUCGGGGUGCACGUCGCCGAGGAAGUGGUAACUUACUCGACCCUCGACCCUAUCCUAUAUACCCCGACCCCAGAGAAACCUUGGAGGGGGAUCUGGGUGGGCGACUAUAGCGGCCACGGCUGCGAGUUCCUGCUGGUUAAUCAGCCCGAACACGAAGAGGAAAGGGAUAAGGCGCCGCUGGUACGCUUAGAGGGCGAAACGGAGGCGGAAUUCCACGAGCGGUUCUUGUACGAGCGUGUUCAUCGCGGCCGGUUGGAAGCGAUCAAACUGACCGGCGACGCGAACGUACCCAGGGGUGAGUAUACGUUCGUCGCGGAUGAUCUCGGCGACGACGGAUUCAUCGGCGUGGCCCGGGAGCCGCCGUUUCAGGGCGCUCGAGUUGUCAAGAGCAAAGGCCACAUCGCACACAUGGGAUUUUAUAAUGACAAAUAUAUCGAGUCUCAACUCCUGUUACUCUCCCAUAACCGCUUGGCACAAUACUGGGUCGGCUUUGGCCAUAUCAGUUUCUUUGAGAGGGUCGAUAUUGAUCAGUUCCUCGUGCCUAAAUAA